AUGCUAUCUUCAGCACUUCGCCGUACAGUUGGCUCGGCUAGAUUGUUAGUUGCUAAAGGUGUUGUAAGGCAACCAGCAGCUAGAGCAUUCUCUGUUCUUGGACCUCGUCUUGGAGAAGUGAAUACUAGCAUGAUCGGACCCGGUGCAAAGCCUGGUACUAUUCCCGAUGAUAUUGAACAAGCUACCGGUAUCGAACGUGCUGAAUUGCUUGCUAAGUUGGAAGGCAAGGAACUCUUUGAUAUUGACGGUUUGAAGAUUACUGCUAUGGGUACGAAAAAGAAUCCUAUUAUGGUAAAGAGUGUGGAUACUAACCGUUAUGUUGGCUGCUCUGGGUUCCCUGUUGAUUCUCAUGAAACAAUUUGGUUAUGUGUCGAAAAAAGUCAUGAAUUUGACAGGUGCCCCGAAUGUGGUCAAGUAUUCAAACUUGAUUUCGUUGGCACUGAAGACAAAGGUCAUGGACAUCAUCAUUAA